UAUGUUAAUGACACUCCAUUUUGAUGAUAUGUUCCUAGUUAUAGUUGGAGAAUCUAAUUUAACCUUCGUCAUGUUUUUCUUGUUUCUUUCUUUAAGUCUUAAGGAACAAAUUACAAAUAUAUAGGUUUUUGAGGUUUGAAAAUUAGGUGGGUUUUAGGUAAAAGAGGGCUAACAUACCAAAACUGUGAAUUGUAUUGUGAUGUAAAUGCAGGUACUUAUAAUUCGCCCACAUGGAGGACGCUGCUAAUGAACAGGAGAUCCCUAGUUUCACAUUUGCUUAUCUAAAAUCAUCAUCGCCAGCUUUGGGUCAUCUCAGUGUCUAUUUGAGGGUACACAAAUACCUUCUCCAACAGCAUUUUUUGAGGGUUUGUGUCUGAUAUUCCUUCACUCGGUUCUGACACUUGAAUUAUUUGAAUUUGGUCUGGGAUUUGAAAAAUGUUGAAGACAAUUGAUGGUUUAGCAAGGAGGUUGGUUGGGAGUUCAUUGGUCAACAUGCGCAGAUUUCUGUUCCGCAUUUUAUCUGUAGGUCCAAUUCCAAACCACAUCGCCUUUAUUCUGGAUGGGCAUCGGAGGUAUGCCAAGCAACGGAAUAUUGCUGAGGGCAAUGGACACAGAGCUGGAUUUUUGGCUCUCAUGUCCAUGCUCAAGUAUUGCUACGAAUUGGGUGUCAAAUACAUGACAAUAUAUGUAUUCAGCAUUGAUAAUUUCAAAAGAAGGCCAGAGGAAGUUCGAUUCUUGAUGGAUUUAAUGAUGGAGAAAAUUGAAGGACUACUCAAGCAAGAAAGUGUUAUCAACGAAUAUGGAGUGAGAAUACAUUUCGUAGGGAACCUGAACCUUCUUGACGAACCAGUUAGAGUUGCAGUUGAGAAGGCGACCCAAGCCACCGCCAACAACACCAAGAGCAAUCUCCUCAUCUGUAUGGCCUACACUUCUAGUGAUGAGAUCGUCCACGCAGUUAAAGCAUCCUGCCAAGAGAAAUGGAACGAAAUCCAACAACUUAACGCGAACCAAUCUCCAAAUGCAGUAACAGCAGGAGAAAAAUUGGAGCGCGAUCAUUUCAUAUAUCUGGUAGACAUAGAGAGGCAUACAUACAUGGGAUUGGCACCUGAACCUGACAUUCUGAUCCGAACAUCAGGGACGUCUCGCCUCAGCAAUUUCCUUCUUUGGCAGACAACAAACUGCUUACUGUAUUCCCCGAAGGUAUUGUUUCCUGCGAUUGGUUUACGACACUUGUUAUGGGCAGUGUUGAAUUUCCAGCGAGUGUAUCCUCAUUUGGAGAAGGAAAAGAAGCAGUUGUAAAAUCAUUGCGAUUAUUCUUCAUUUUAGCUUCAGGCUAAUGAUGGCUCUGUAAUUAGACACUCCGGUUUAGCCUUGAUCUCGUUUCAUUUUUUUUUUUUUUUUUUAAAGUCGUAUCCAUGUCUAUCUAUAUACACUAUAUUAAAAUUGUUAACAGUAUUGUUCAACUUUUUGUUAUUCAUUAAAAG